UUUGCUCCUCAAGAAACAUUUCAAAAGGUCACUUUACUGCAGUUUUAGCGAAGACCUUAUAAUACAAAAAGCGCAUCUUUGGUCCCUGUUGCUUCGAAGUUGUUUUUUUUUACUUACAAAUAUGUCAAUUUUGUCAAUAUAAGGAACAACACUAAUACAACCAGUCCAUUGGGUGGCGGAAAUAUUCCGUAAAGCUGGCGUUACGUACCAGAAGAAGAAAGGAGAUCAGCUGACUUGAAUGAAUACAUGUCAAAAUGAGGUUCCGAUUUUGUGGAGAUCUUGACUGUCCUGACUGGGUCCUUGCAGAAAUUAGUACCUUAGCUAGAAUAUCGAGCGUCAAGAUGAAACUUCUGUGCGUGCAAGUCAUUAAAGAUCUGCUUGAUGAAGGCAUCGAUUAUGACAAAGUUUCAAAACUAACCUCAGAUGCAAAGUUUGAAAGUGGAGACAUUAAAGCCAGUGUAGCAGUGCUGAGUUUUAUUCUGUCCAGUGCUGCUAAGCACGAUGUGGACAGUGAAUCUCUCUCCAGUGAACUUCAGCAGCUUGGCCUGCCUAAAGAGCACACCACCGGAUUGUGUAAAUCAUAUGAGGAUAAGCACAUCGCUCUACAGGAAAAGCUGAGGGAGAGCAGCUUGCGCUUGGGUCGACUGGAAGCGGUGAACUGGCGGGUCGAUUACACCCUGAGCUCCAGCGAACUGAAGCAAGUGAAUGAACCCACAGUCCAGCUCAGACUUCAGGCUCAGGACCCCGAGACAGACUCCACAAAGACCACCGUUGUCUCCAUCACUGCUGACAAGUUCAGAGUACUGCUAACAGAACUCAAACAAGCACAGACUAUGAUGAAUGCACUACAGUGAGCCAGUCAGCGUUUCCUGAAUAAUAUUGUUGAAAUGUGCACAGAAUCUGCCUGUUUAUAUAUACUGUGCUUCUGAGAAAGAAAAGAAAAAUGUUUUUCUACUAUCAUGUAUUUUGCAUAGCUCUUCACAUCCUGAGUAGUCAAAAUGUUGACUAAUGUUGCUCAAAUUGAGCACUGAGUUCAAAAAGCGCCUCAGUCAGAUUUAUGUUUAUUCAUUUCUUUUAAUUUCUUAGAUUAAUUUGUCACUUGUUGAUCUGUGUUAUU